CGCACAGCGAGAAGCACCAUGGCUGAUAUUUCGAACGAAGAACUUCGCAAAGAAAUCACCGCUAUCCUUAAGGAUGCCGACCUUACCACUAUGUCUGCUAAGAAAGUGAGGCUACAGAUUGAAGGAAAACUUGACAUAGACCUCACCGAGAGGAAAAAAGAAGUAGACAGUUUAGUUAUGGACUGUUUACAAGAGAAACAAGAUGCAACAAAGAAGAAGAAGAAGACUGCCAGCGAAGAAUCUGAAGAUGGAGAGGAAGAAGAGGAAGAAGGAUCAGAGGAGGAGGAGGAGGAGGAGGAAAAGAAGCCAGCAAAAAGGAGUCCUGCAAAGAAAACAAUAAGCAAGCGGAAGAAGGGUUCUUCCGACGAUGAAGAGAGCGCAAGCGAUGACGACGCCAGCGACGAAGAAUAUAGCCCAAAGAAAUCGAAAGCUACUCCAAAAAAGGGUAAACCUGGAAAGAAAGGUAAGAAAAAAGGCAGCGACAGCGACAGCGAUGAAGAUUGGGGUAAAAAUAAGAAAGCUCAAGGUGGUGGAACAAAGAAAGGUGGCGGCAAAGGUAAGGGUGGCUAUACUCGUGCCAUUACAUUGUCUCCUGAACUUGCUGCCAUUGUUGGCGCUGAACAAAUGGCUCGGCACGAAGUCGUGAGGAAGGUUUGGAGCAUUAUCAAAGAAAGAAACCUCUAUGACCCUAAGAACAAGCAGUUCGCAAUCUGCGAUGACGAACUACUAAAAGUAAUUGGAGUAAAACGUUUCAGAACUUUCGGUAUGAUGAAGUACCUCAAAAGUCACUUUGUAGAUUAAAAUCAUCCCCGAACCACGAUCUCUGACAAGUUAUAAACAUUGUAUAACAUAUUCCAAGAUGCAAAGUGCAUCUCUCCAUCUUUCUCACACGAUACAUGCAUAAAUAUACAUACAUACAUACAAACACAAACAUAUUUCUUGCGACUUAAGACUUUAGCCAUGUUUACACCAUUCCGAUGAAUUCUGUUAUCCAUGGUAGCUGCUCUUUCCCAUUGAGUAUGUCGCGAUGUAGCAUCUUAAUCUAUGGGCAUUAUUAAAAGCGCGGCUCGUUAACAUUGUUCAAAGCUGCCCAAAAAUGUGUACGCAAAUGAUGACCCACGAGUAUGAAUUCACGUAAAGUCGGUCAGUGUCGGAAGGGAUAUAAACGAGGAAGGAAGGGCCGGUACCGUGGACUUGCGGAUGAUUUCGAAAUAUGGAAAACUUUAAAAUGGCCGAUAGUCAAUAAGCUGGUUUUAAGUCAAUGUAUUCAGAAUUAAUGUUUUAUCGUUUGCCUGGUGGUUCUCGUAAACAAAGCCCCCCCCCCCUUUCUCACCAAGCAUGAAAAUACGGUGUGCCAUUGUGGCAGUGGAAACUAAAGCAGCAAAAAGUGCUUGCAGUUCUUUUAAAGUGAUCCCUUUUUCUUUCUUUUUUUUUAUUUUACUACAUGACAAUUUGAAUACGAAGAGAUUUCUCGAUGAUAGUAAUUGUUAUAGUUAUACUUCAUUUUUUUUUUCCUCUAAAUCACAAACUGCCGCCCAAGUAUCACACAUUAUUUUCAUCCUUUUAUUAUUUUUUAAAUGUUGGUUACUUUUCGACGAUGGAUGUAACAAAGACAUAAUAUUGUCAACAAAGGAGACAGAAGAUAUGUGGUAAAGUUAGAAAAAAAAAGUGCGGUAAAAAAUAAAGAGAAAGACGAUGCGAAAAAAUCAACAUCCUG